AUGACUAAUCAGCAGUGUCUUAUUGGUUGUCUUCUAAAAGGUAACCAGGAGAAGUGUUGCUCCAAGAUUGAAAAGCAUUUGUCAAUCAAAGUGGGGAGAUCAGAUGACCGAGGACGUGGCCUCUGGUUUGGUGGUCUGUUGAUUCAAGAUGCUGCCAUUAUCUCCAUAAGUAAUUCUGGUUCUCAUCGAUGGGCUAUAGACAGUUGGAUCCUUUCUGCUGAAGGUAGGGCUGGAGGACAUCGGUGCUGCUGCCAGGAGAGGAAACUGUCGAGGGUUUCACCGCCCGAAAAGAUGACAUCCGCGUCGAAGAGAAGAAAGCUCGAACCAAGCGGGAAUUCCCCUGCUGUGCUAGAUAAGGUUGCGGCAUCCUCACAUGGCUCCUCAAUUCUAGAGGCACCAAUCAUUAGACUAGAUUCGAAAGUUCAGCAGGCUAAGAAAUUUGCUGUGACACAAGCACAACAAGAAGGAUGCCUUGGAAAUUAUAGAAGUUUUGACUCUCCAUUUGGAAACUAUCUUGUUCCUGUCAUCCCAACUCAUGCCGACUUGAUUGGGUAGAAGACCAACCAUUAAUUUUCAGUUACUCCAAACUGCUUUCCUUGGUUUUGAAUGGAAAAAUGCCUUGCUGAUAAUUCUGCUGAUUCUGCAGUAGAUUUCUUUAUCAAGCCACAUUAUUGUUAUUAAAUUACUGUUUAGAUA